CGCACGCUCGAUUCCUGAAGCUCCCCGGUGGUCGAGCCGCGGACUGUACCAAGUCCAGCGGGGCCCUGAGCGGCGGAGACCGACACCCUCGCCGGUUGCAAGCUCCGCAGCCUGCGCCGAUUCUCGGAGCCCCUCUUCCCACCGACGGCCAGCAAUGGUCCGUCUGGCCGCGCACGCGCCCUGAGCUCCACUCGCCCCUCGCCCCUCGCUCGCUCGCUCGCUCGCCGGGGCUCCCUGAACGCAGGCGCAGUGCCCGGGCUUGUAGCCGCCGCCACCGCCGAGCCCGAGCCGGGGCCGCCGGCGUCGCGUCCCUCUCUACCUGCCAACAUCCCGUGUUAGAAGAGUUUGUGGCUGGAGGUGUGACCGUGGGAGAGCUGGCCGGGGAGGGACCCUGCCCAGUCGCUGCUCUGCUCCUGUCUCUUGUCCCCUCCCCUGGCCAUGACAGAGACCCGUGAGCCCACUGAGACUGGAAGCUACGCCAGCUUGGAGGAAGAUGAUGAAGACCUUUCCCCAGGCCCGGAGCAUUCUUCUGACUCUGAAUACACUCUUUCAGAGCCCGACUCUGAGGAGGAGGAAGAGGAAGAGGAGGAAGAGGAGACCACUGACGACCCCGAAUAUGACCCUGGCUAUAAGGUGAAACAGCGCAUAGGUGGGGGCAGGGGAGGCCCAUCCCGCCGGGCCCCCCGAGCAGCCCAGCCUGCUGGCCCACCGGCACAGCCCUGCCAGCUCUGUGGCCGAUCACCACUGGCAGAGGCCCCACCGGGUACCCCACCUUGCCGACUCUGCUGCCCUACAACAGCAACCCAGGAAGCCCCAGCCCCUGAAGGCAGGGCUCUUGGUGAGGAAGAAGAGGAGCCAUCUCGUACUGGGGAGAGCCGGCCAGCAGGGCGGGAUGGAGAUGAAGACGAGGAGGAGGGGGGUACCUACCACUGUACGGAGUGUGAGGACUCCUUUGACAACCUCGGGGAGCUGCAUGGUCACUUCAUGCUGCAUGCCCGGGGUGAGGUUUAGGCAGGGCCCUCAGGGAGCUGGUGAGGGGGGGGUGGGAGCAGGGGCUGAGGAAGCUGGAGUGGGGCUGGGUUCCCACCCACCUGUGUUGUCUUAGCAGUAAUGUGUGAAGGGCAGAAUAAAAGCCGGAUUCUGUGUGUGCUGA